CCUCUAAACUGAACACAUCUAUGUGAUUGGGCCUCCGUUUGCGCUCCAAAACAUUUGGAAAGUGAAGCUUAUCAUUACAGUUUAAAAAUCCGAUUAUCAUUUCUAUUUCAUAAUGGCAAAUUAUAAACCCGUGACUCAUGUAAUUUUUGAUAUGGACGGACUUUUGUUGGACACGGAGAAAAUUUACAAGCAAACUUUCAACGAAGUACUCCAAAACUAUGGUAAAGAAUAUACGGACGACGUGAGGGUGAAAGUUGUAGGGUGCGCAGCGAAAGACACAUUCGUGAUCAUUAAAGAAAACACAGGGGUGGACGUCGACCCGGAACAGCUCAGGAAAGAAGCUCACGCAAAGUUACUUGACAGGAUGCGCUCCGCACCGCUGAUGCCUGGAGCUGAGCGUUUAGUCCGUCACCUGAAAAAUAACAACAUACCCAUUGCCGUUGCAACAAAUAGCGGGGGAGAAGAGUUCGAAGUAGUUUCUGCCCGUCACAAAGAACUGUUUGAUCUUUUCCAUCAUAUUGUCUGCGGUAGCAGAGAUCCUGAAGUGAAAGUAGGGAAACCUGCACCUGACAUAUUCUUUGUUUGCGCUUCAAGAUUUGAUGAAAAACCCAAACCAGAACAAUGUCUGGUUCUAGAAGAUUCCUUUAAUGGAGUAAAAGGUGCCUACAGCGCUGGAAUGCAAGUAAUCAUGGUUCCUGACGCAAUUAUACCUCCAGAAAAACGCACCUUGGCAACAAAAGUCAUUUCAUCGUUAAACGACUUUAAACCGGAAGAAUUUGGUUUACCACCCUUCUCUGAUUAGACAUGAGCUUGGAAAAACAUCUAAAUCAGCAGGAAACGCUCGUUUAGACCACCUGGAUGAACAAAAGUCUUAUGAAUGUUCGAAAUAUUGAAUAUAACCAAAGAAUAGAGGCGAUAUUUGAGGGGAUGAAGACAUAUUGGUUCACCGGUAAGGUUCUUACAAGAGCCCUCUAAGGAUUUGUUUACGUACCUACUUAUGAUCGCCACUUCUCUCAUAAUUUUUUUUGGUAUUCCCUCAUUUGUAAAAAGCUUAUCAUGGAUGAACAGAAAUUAUGGCUCCUGAAAUUAUGCGGAGAGGUAGUUAAAUACAUUUUGUAAGACCGGAAAAUGUACUCAUACCGUACUCUAACUGAUUUUACAACCAGAUAAAAUGUCACCAGACAUUGACACCGCAUGACAUUCGAUGAGAGACACCAGUAUAUUACUAUAAGAGUAGGUAAAAGAAUGGUCAGCGAUUGAUUGGUAUAAUAAAACCCUGGUACCCAGCUAACAAUGAUAGCAUAUUCAUAUAAUCAAAUCUAUACUCCAAAAUUCGUCAAUGCUUGAUCAUACGGUGGAUAGAAACCCAGAUUGACGUAUGAUUGAAAAAAAAACAAGGUUUGUUUCAUAAUUCCGAUAGAUCUUUCUUGUCGAUUGCUUAGCUUUUUUAGUGUACAUUAUACUUUAAGGUCUAAUUUUAAAGUGUCAUUCCGUACUAUUCUUUAUGUUCCGGUGAAAAUGUGUUUUCUAUUUUAAUGUAGGGAUUAUUGUUGUAAAUAGUCUCUGCAAUGAAGAAAAUAAAGUAUUUUGAGAGUUUUACCGUAAA